GUUCCAACAGUAAUGAGGAUGUGUGUGCCACAGUGUUUGUGUUUGAUAGAGAUGUUUUCUUUUUUCCAGGGUACUAUGAUGAUUAAGCCAUAUGUGAGACAAGGUGAGGGAGAGGAGGUCAUCAGCCCUCUGCAGUGGAUGGAUGAAGACAUGAGCUCACCUGACGGAGACACAUCAGUCUCAUCACAUCACUACAGAGCAGGUGGACCCAACCAACAGGUCAGGGAGAUGGGCAGUGAGGAUGCUGAGGAAGACGAGGAGGACGAAGAGGAAGGACAGGAGGAUGAAAACAAGUCCAAACGACGAGGGCCUAAGAAAAAGCGGAUGACCAAAGCGCGGCAGGAGCGUUUCCGUGCGAGGCGCAUAAAGGCAAAUGCCAGGGAGCGCUCACGUAUGCACGGUCUCAACGAUGCACUGGAGAACCUGCGCAGCAUCAUGCCCUGUCACUCCAAAACCCAAAAACUGUCCAAGAUUGAGACAUUACGGCUGGCCCGCAACUACAUCUGUGCUCUGUCUGAGGCUCUGGAGGGCGGCGUGUCCACAGAGAGCAGGGCUUUCAUGGAGACUCUGUGUAAGGGACUCUCUCAGCCCACCACCAACCUGGUGGCCGGCUGCUUGCAGCUGGGACCAGCUCCCGGUGCUGGGAUGAGGCCAGAGGACAGACACGGAGUUCGAGCGCCACCUACUCCUCUUGGUGGCAUGGUGAGCUAUUCUUCUCCGGGUCUUCCAAGUCCGCCGUAUGGUACUUUUGACUCUGCUCACCUGCUUCACCUGAGGGCGAUGAAAGGGGGAGCAUACGAGAAUCACUCGCCACACGAGUACAACGCCAGCGGAGUGGGGACCCCUCCAUAUGACGGGCCUCCCACACCACCUCUGAGCAUCAGCAGUAACCUGGUUCCCAAACAGGAGCCUUCACCCCACUACCCACCCACGCACCACUACUCCCCUUCCCCUGUGGACCAGGGCCUGUAUCAGACUCAGAGCAGCUAUGACGUACACUUAGAGGGGCCGUAUGACUCCUACCAUCCACCGCACAUGCCCCCACGACAUUUAACCUCCGUCUACAGAGACUAAAGAGGAUCAGCAAUUCUGCUUCAGCCAUCAAUACACCCUGACUGGUCGAGUCCAGUCUUCGAUCCGUCAUGAACACUGACUGAUGCUGAUGUCUCCUGGACUUUAAGACUGAGGGAUCGAUCUUUCUCAGUAGACAAACUGCUAGUAGAAGAACGUUAGAAUAAAAAUGGUUUUAAUGUGUGGAGCACUUGCACAGUAGACUAGCAUUGCUGGAUAUGGUUAAUAUUAGAAAAUACUUGACCUAAACCAAUAAAUUUUCUUAAAAACUGAUUACCAAAUAAAACCCUGCAGGUCCUGACAGGAAUUCUUGCUUUGGCCAUUUUGACCAGAUGUCCUGUUUCUGUAAUACAAGCACUUCUUAUUUAGCUUUGGUAACAUCAAAUAUUCUACAUAAAUUAAAAUAUUUUUAUUUAUUCUCUAAUUUAAUACAUGAUAUAUGGACUCUGCUCUGACGCGCAGGUGUGUCUGGUUUUCCUCUUGUACAUAUUUGUGGUCAAGGCUUUUUCUUUGUUACUUAGACUGAUAGUUUGUCUCUUUGUAUCUUUCUUUUGUGUCCAGUUUUCUUUGUUUGGUAUUGUUUUGCACUUGAAAUACCGUCAGAGGUAGAUUUUCUAGCACAAUGUAGCUGAUUUUUGGAAGGUGUCUGCAGAAGGAAGAUGUAUAGACAAAGACAAACAAGCUGUAAGAAAAUAAAUGAGGGGAGUGACGGAGUGAGAGAUCAAGGCGAAGAAGCAAAAAAUACCAUUCUCAGGUGAACACAGGGGAAAUUAAUAAUUUUCAGCAGACUUUGCA